UUAAAGUAGAUCAUCGUCCAGUCCAUAGUCCAAAUUUUAUUUCCUCUUUUUCUUUUACCAAAAGAGGAGCAUUAAUUAAUUAUAAAUUCACAAAAGUUUAUAAUUAUAGUUAUUAAUAUUAAGAUAAAUCAACUGUUAUAAUUAUAUAGUAUACAUUACUAACCACUUAACGGCUCAUUAUGGCUUUUUUAAAUAAGUUCCUUAGCCCAACAUUGCGAUACACUGCAAUUAGAAGUUACUCCUCAGCUGGACCAUGCUUCGCUCUAAAUGAUGAUCAAAAACAAAUGCAAGAUAUAGCGCGUAAAUUUGCUCGCGAAGAAAUUAUACCUGUUGCAGCCCAUCACGAUAAAACUGGAGAAUAUCCAUGGGAUAUUGUGAAGAAAGCUUGGGCCGUUGGAUUGCUCAAUAAUCAUAUACCAACUGAAUUGGGUGGACUUGGUUUGGACGUGUUUACAACAUGUCUAAUUGCCGAGGAAUUGGCUUAUGGAUGUACUGGAAUUAUGACUGCAUUGGAAGCUAGUUCUCUUGGGCAAACUCCAGUGCUUUUAUCCGGUAACGAAGCUCAAAAAAAGAAGUACCUUGGCAGACUUCUUGAAGAACCUUUGGUGGCAGCAUACUGUGUUACAGAGCCAGGUGCUGGCUCAGAUGUUAACGGAGUCAGAACAAAAGCAGUCAAGAAAGGCGAUGAAUAUAUUCUGAAUGGACAAAAAAUGUGGAUCACCAACGGUGGUGUCGCCAAUUGGUAUUUCGUUUUAGCCCGCACAAAUCCUGACCCAAAAGCACCCGCAAGCAAAGCAUUUACAGGAUUUAUUGUAGAGCGUGAUACCCCCGGAUUAACUCCAGGUCGUAAAGAACAAAAUAUGGGUCAAAGAGCUUCAGACACACGUGGAAUCACUUUUGAGGAUGUAAGAGUACCAAAAGAGAAUGUCUUGAUUGGCGAAGGUGCAGGAUUUAAAAUUGCGAUGGGAACUUUUGAUAAAACUCGUCCACCAGUUGCUGCCGGAGCUGUUGGUUUGGCACAACGUUGUAUGGAUGAAGCACUCAAGUAUGCUUUGGAAAGGAAAACAUUUGGCGUGCCAAUUGCUCAUCAUCAAGCAAUUUCUUUCAUCUUGGCCGAUAUGGCUAUUGGUGUUGAGACUGCAAGGCUUGCUUAUCAACUCUCUGCAUGGGAAGUUGAUCAAGGUCGCCGCAACAGUUACUAUGCCUCGAUUGCCAAGUGUCACGCCGCUGAUAUGGUUAACAAAGUAGCAUCUGAUGCUGUUCAAGUUUUUGGUGGUAAUGGCUUCAAUAGCGAAUACCCAGUUGAAAAACUUAUGCGAGAUGCCAAGAUUUAUCAAAUCUAUGAAGGUACUUCACAAAUCCAACGACUGAUUAUAUCGAGAAACAUGCUCGAAAAGGCUAAGGAGAGUGCUUAGUGAUAUUAUUAAGUUGAAGCAAAAGAUAAUUCUCGUUAACUCACUGUGCAGUGCAUGUGCCUUAAAUUUUUUUUUUAUAAUCAAUAAAUAUACAUAUUUUCCCAGAA